AUGCUCUCCUUCAUCUUUCUGCUCCUCCUCGUUCCACAUGUGUGGUUCUCCUCGACACAUAUAGCAGUGAUCUCCCCUCAGGAUCCAGUCCUGCCUAUUGGCUCUAACCUGACAGCCGCAUGCACACUGAGCCCUGAGCUUGGCCUCCACUCGAGCACAUUGUACUGGACACUUAACGGGAAGCGUCUGCCCAUCAGCUCCUACAGCGUGGUGUCCUCCGACACACUGAGCGUCACCCUCCACAACCUGAAUGGCUCCCAGCAGAAGUCUGGAGACAACCUGGUGUGUCAUGGAGCAGAUGGCCAUGUCCUGAGCGGCUCUUGUCUCUAUGUGGGCACGUCUCCAGAGCAACCGGUCAAUUUAACGUGCUGGUCCCGCAACGCCAAGGACCUGAGCUGCAGGUGGAGCCCGGGGGGGCGGGGCGAGUCCCACAUCCGAACCAGAUACACCCUCAAGUACAAACUGAGGUGGUACAGCAGAGAGAAGGAGUGUGAGAAUUACAACUCAGGGAAACAGCGUCACUCCUGCUACAUCCCCCGCAACCUCGCCCUCUUCACGCCCUACGAGAUCUGGGUGGAGGCGACCAAUCAGCUGGGCUCCGCCACCUCUGACGUCACCACCCUGGACAUCCUGGAUGUAGUGACCACAGACCCCCCGUCCAGCGUGCAGGUGAGUCGGGUGGGCGACCUCGAAGAUCAGCUGACAGUUCGCUGGUCCAGCCCCCCCGAUCUCAGGGACAUCCUGUUUCAGGCCAAGUAUCAGAUCCGCUACAGACUGGAGGACAGCACUGAAUGGAAGGUGGUGGAUGAUGUUGGUAACCAGACAUCAUGUCGGCUGGCGGGCCUCCAGCCGGGAACCGUGUAUUUUGUCCAGGUGAGGUGCAACCCAGUGGGCAUCUAUGGCUCCAAGAAAGCUGGCAUCUGGAGCGACUGGAGUCACCAGACUGCUGCCUCCACUCCCUCUCCCAGUGAGCGCCUGCAGAGCGGCUCUUGUGAGUCCAAGCCCAGUGAGCAGAACUCCACCCUGCGGAGGGAACUCAAGCAGUUCUUCGGCUGGGUCCGCAAGCACGCAUACGGCUGCAGUGGCAUGUCAAUCAAACUGUAUGAUCAGUGGAGGGUGUGGCUGCAGAAAUCCCACAAAACGCGCAACCAGGACCUCCUUUCACAACCCAAUGGCACGCAGAGCCGCGGCAUCUCCGUGUGCACGUCAGAGACUUUGUGGAGAGUUCAGCCACAUCCUCUGCUGCUCAGUCCUUGA